AUGGUGCGCUCGCACAGAGCAGUGACGCGACGGGCCGCGCGUAGCAAACCCGUGCGACCAAGUGUGCGCACCGCCGGCAUGAUCGAGACUGCGGCAAGACGCCUACGCCGAUAUGACGAUCACGGAGGCGCUCUUGCAGGCGACACGUCGCGCUCGGGCGGCGAGACGAAGGGCGCUGCGCGACCGCGGGGCUCCUCUGCGGCGAGUUUCGGCGGCGGGCGCGAGCGGCUCCUGCUGAGGGUUGUCAUUUGUGUCGGCAACUUCGAGAUCUGGACGGCGCAGACAGCCGCUGUGCGGAUGUGCUAG